UAAGAAUGGAACGCAAAGGCGCGUUUGCAAUUGCGUUGAUCUGCAUUGUGGUGGCCGGCGUCGGUGGUCAAGCUCCGGCCGGGGCUCCGACUACGACUCCGGAGGCAGCUAAAACACCGGCCGUGGCUCCAGCUACAGCUCCUGCUAAACAGAAAUCGUCACCAGCUCCCUCCACUAGUACCGCAUCAACACCUCCAGCUUCUGCUCCUGCUCCUGCUCCUGUAAAGACUACGGUUCCGACCCCGGUGUCUACUCCACCGGCUUUCUCCUCCUGCUUCGGUUCCUAUGAGCUCUCCACCUGCAAAAUCACCUCCUGCUUCUGCACCAACGACGCCUCCGGACAGCUCACCACCCGGGCGGUUCCAGCGCCUGCACCGAGCAAGAAGUCAAAGAAAGAAAAUGCACCUGCUCCUUCCCCUGCUUUGCUUGGACUUCCUGGUUCCAGUCCCGAAGCUUCCACUCCUGGUCCUUCUGGAGCUGCCAAUGAGAACGGAGCAGAAACGAUCAGAAGUGUGCAAAAUAUGGUAGGAGGCUUGGCAUUGGGAUGGGGUGCCAUCGCUCUGAUCUUCUAGAGAAAUCUGGAUGUACUGUCGUUUUUUAUUCCAUUUGUCUUUUUUUUAUAAAUAUUGAUUACUAAUUGUUUGGUUGCUGGAGGGUGGUAGUGUGGUUUUAUCUUAAUUAUCUUAGGAUUUUACCACGCAUCUUCGCUUGUAUUCCUUUGUGGAGAUAGAUACUGCAGUUUUUUCAGUUCGCUGUUUUAUUACUUUUGGACUCCUGUAAGAUGCUUCCUCUGUCCUUCAACAGUAUUCCCCUUUCAUUUGUCUUAUAUAAAAAAAAAAUUUAAAU